GGACCCGCACGGCGUGAUGCUCUCGUGCUGCAUUGGCGAGUCUUCGAAGUAUGACGGCGUCUACACCAGCAAGUGGAACAGGGACGCCGAGGUCUUCGUCGUGCACGGCAGCGUCAUCAAUUGGGACUCCAAGCUCCAGACGCUCGUCGUGCCAGAGGGCGACGGCGGGCUCGAGACGAGCUACCCUGGUGAGGCCCGCCCACGGAAGGCCAAGCGGGUGAACGGCUCGCUGGUCUGGUUGCGAUUCCCUUUUGAGGACGUGUGGGUCGAGCAGCAGCCGCCGGCGCCUGUUGCGGCGGAUUCGGCCGCAAGCUGCGCGUGGCCGUCAUCGCCGGCGGCCCGGGCGGCGCCUCGUGCGCGGUGAAGCUCGCCGAGGGCGGCGUGGAAGAGUGAUGAAGGAGGAAAUAAAAAGCGAACGGGAAGCAAUCAUCCGAAGGGCUCUGGCUGAUUUCCGAAGUGUCUCUGGCAUUCCUGGGUUAGAAAACCGCGAGGGAGAAAUCUCAGAUUUCCCUUGUGAAAAAUGAUUCGGGCUUCGAGCAUGUCAAGAAGAGCGACAUCGCAGAGGUUGUCGCUCGAUUCUACGAGGAAUUGUACAGAAGGCGCGGCAGCGACGACAGCAAUUUUGAGACAGCUUGCGAUGACAUUGCGAAGUUCGCGAUGGACGAUUUGAACAGGGCGCU